AUGUCGACCACCACCACCACAACCACGACCACCACCUCCGCGUUCGAGGCGCCCAAGGGCAACAAGGAUCGCACUUUCGGUGCGCGCUUCGAGACCAAGGACCUGAUCAGCUUCGACGAGAACACUGUGUACGGCGACUGGCGCGACGAGUUCCACAAGAACGGUUGCGUGAUCAUCAAGAACGUCAUCUCGCCCGAGCGUGCCAAGUACUACGCCGACAAGCAGAUCCAGUGGCUCAAGAACUUCGAGCUCGGCUUUGACGAGAAUGACCCUUCCACCUGGACCGCCGACCACCUGCCCAUUAGCUUCAAGGGCGGCAUGUACUUUGCCUACGCCUCGACGCACGAGAAGAUGGCCUGGGAGGCGCGCACCGAGCCCAAGGUGGUCGAGAUCUUUGAAAAGCUCUGGGGCACCAAGGAGCUCAUCUGCUCGUUUGACGGCAUGAACAUCUCGAUGCCCAACCGCAAGGACCUCAACUGGAGCCCCUGGCCUCACUGCGACCAGAACCCUGAGCGCAAGGGUAUGCAGGCUGUGCAGGGUCUGCUCAACUACGCCCCCAACGGUCCCAACGACGGCGGUCUCAUGCUCAUGCGCGGCUCCGCCAAGCUCUUUAACGAGUUCUUUGCCCACAAGCGUGACUCUGCCGACCACGAAGACGCUCCCCCUCCCGAGCUCAAGUACAUGGACCUCUUCCUCUUCAGCGAGAAGGACAUCAAGUGGUUCGAGGAGCGCGGCUGCGAGAUGAUCAAGUGCAACAUGGAGCCUGGCGACUUUGUCCUGUGGGACUCGCGCACCAUGCACUAUGCGCGCCUCCCUGAGGGCAACCAGAUCCGUCACGUCCAGUACAUCUGCAUGACACCCAGGGCCUACGCCAACGAUGAGGCUCUCGAGGCCAAGAAGAAGUGCUUUGAGAACUGGAUCGGCACCACCCACUGGCCUCACUGCAACAUCCGCCCCACCGAGGACAAGCCCAUGCGCAACGGCAAGAUCUGCCCCAAGUACCGCAGCGAGCCUUUCGAGAAGCCCGAGCUGACGGACCAGGUCCUCCGACUUGCUGGCGUCAAGAGCUACUAG